AUGAAUAUUGUCAAGCAAAAACGCGGUCGUGCAAAGGGUACAAUCACUAGGGUUUCAACAUUUUCGGAAUCAGUCGUCGAUUCCACCCCUAUUGACAUGCUAGAAAUUCAAUUAAAGAAACUUCAGGAAGCUUGGUCUGAAUUCGUUUUGCAGCAAAAUAAUUUAUACGAGUUCUACGACCAGGAAGGUUUCGUCGACCCUGAACCCGAAUACGGGGAAUAUGAAACGAAAUAUUUCGAAGCGUUUUCUAAACUUUCUGGGUCUAUAAGAAAACAUCCAGAUAAGGAUCGUGAUGAAGCAUCAACAAUAAAUGCUUCGGUUUUGCAAAAAUCAAACUCUCGUCAGUCGGUCGUGUUGCCAAAACUUGUAAUUCCAGUUUUUACUGGAGACUAUAAGGAUUGGCCGGUUUUUAAAGAUUUGUUCACGGGAACAAUUGAUUGCAAUGUCUCCCUAACCGGUACGCAAAAAUUUCAAUAUCUGAAAUCAUUUCUGGGUGGUGAAGCGGCUACUCUUUUGAAGCACAUUUCGUGUACCGAAGAAAAUUAUCUCGAAGCUUGGGAUAAGCUUGAAGCGCGUUACGACAAAAAACAUUUAAUCGUACAAUCAUUCAUUAAAAGUUUCAUGGCCUUGCCGUCGUCUAAUAAUUUGAAUUUAGAAACUCUUCGCAAGCUUACAAAUGGAGCUGAUGAAAUAGUUCGUGGUUUGAACGCGUUACAAAUGAACUCUAGAGAUCCUUGGUUGAUCUAUAUUCUUGUUCAAAAAUUAGACAGUGAAACAAAACAAGCGUGGGCAAAAAGGGGAAAAUCUCGGGAUGACAGUACCAUCCAAGAAUUUCUUCUGUUUCUACAAAAUCAGUGCGUUUGUCUCGAAUCGUGUACCUCAUUUUCUGGUCCUAUUAAAACAUUGAACAAAGUUUCUAACAAUAUUCGAACACAUUUCGUUGAAGCAAAACCUACUUGCCCAAAGUGUAAGGAAGAUCAUAUACUUCCAUUUUGUAAGACAUUUCUCGCUCUUGAUACUACCGCACGUCGCGAAUUCGUUAAACAAAACUCGAUUUGUUUCAACUGUCUCAGAGUUGGACACGCAUCUAACAAAUGCAAUUCUAAAUUUCGGUGCAGGUCGUGCAAUGCUAGACAUCACACCCUAGUACAUGAACCUAGAACUACAUCGACUAAUAAAACAACUGAACAACCAUCGACACAAAACCCUUCGAACUCCGCUGUUACUUAUCAUUCUCUCGAAUCUACUCAUAAUACUCAUUCAUCUCUCGAAUCCAACGCUAUUAAAUCUACAAUUCUCCCUACUGCCGUCGUUAAGGUUCAGGAUAAAUUUGGCUCGUUUCAAAACAUUCGAAUUCUACUCGAUUCAGGAUCCCAAAUCUCGUUUAUUACGGAGAAAGCUCUCCAACGUUUGGGUCUUCCUAGAAAACAAUCUCGUAUCCCUAUUGUUGGAGUCGCAUCAACUUCUGCGGGCACAACCAAUGGUCUCAUUUCGUUAAAACUACACUCUCGUUUCAAUUCAAAUCACAUAGACAUAGAUUGUCAUGUAAUAAAAAAACUAACGUCUAUGCUUAGGCCACUUUCGUUGAAUUUAAACACAACACAAUUUCUUUCAUUGGAUCUUGCAGAUCCGAAAUUUUAUGAACCAGGAACGAUUGAUAUGCUCAUCGGAGCAGAUAAUAUUUUCAACAUUAUUCUCGAAACACCAAGGGCAGAACCGGGUGCUCCUAACUCUUUGUUGACAAUUUUUGGAUGGGUAAUUGCUGGAAGCUAUGAUCGCACACCAUCCAGUGAAGCUUUCGUUAUAAAAUCAUUUUGCACACAGCUUGAUUAUGCCAAGUACUUAGAUUUGGAACGCUUUUGGCGUCUAGAAGAGAUUUUUUAUGAACAACCUUUGUCUAUUGAAGAACAAAGAGCUGAGGAUGAUUUUAUUCAAACUCAUAGUCGCCAUACAGAUGGUAGAUACAUGGUUAAUUUACCAUUCAAACCCAAUUGCAAACCUACAUCUGAAAGCUCAUCUCGAAUCGCACUCAACCGACUAUAUUCAAUGGAAAAGAGAUUCGUUCGUGAUCCUGAACUUCAAAAACAAUACUCUUCCUUCUUAAACGAAUACAUUUCAUUGGGUCACAUGGAAGAAAUACCUGUUAAAGAGAUAAACGAUUCAGAUUCUUACUAUCUACCUCACCACGCCGUGUUCAAGGCUGAUAGCAGUACAACAAAAGUGAGAGUUGUUUUUGAUGGCUCCGCAAAGUCAUCACCUGAUUCGAGGUCCUUAAAUGAAUCCCUUUUCGUUGGCCCUGAAGUCCAAUGCGACAUAUUUACAAUAUGUCUUCGUUCUCGUCGUCACGUAUAUACAAUGUCUGGGGACAUUGAAAAGAUGUACAGACAAAUCUGGAUUUCACCAAAACAUACAAAUUAUCAAAGGAUUCUAUGGCGAGAAAAUCCUGAAUCUCCGAUUAAACACUGUAGGCUUUUAACUGUAACCUACGGGACCUCGGCUGCUUCAUUCUUAGCGAAACGCGCGCUUAAACAACUAGCUUUGGAUUCUGCUGAAACACACCCUCGAGCUUCUUCAGUUAUCCUUAAUGACUUUUAUGUCGAUGAUUUGGUAACAGGCGCUGAUACAAUUGAAGAUUUAAUCGCUCUUCAAAAAGAGCUUGUUGAGGUUUUGUCACUUGCCGGUUUUAACCUUCGUAAGUGGACAACUAAUUGCUGGCCACUUCUCAUAUCCUUCCCUGAAGAUCAACGGGAACUAUCUCCUAUCGAUUUUGAAAAUUCUCUGACUGUAAAGGUCCUCGGGCUGCGCUGGUGUCCAUCUGGGGAUUGUUUCUCGUACAAGGUAAAUUUGGACCAGUCAACAUCAUGUACAAAACGUUCUAUCCUAUCCGAAGCUUCGCGCAUCUUUGAUCCCCUUGGCUUUUUAGCUCCGGUCGUGGUAGCUGUAAAGAUAUUCUUUCAGGAUUUGUGGAGAGCGGGUGUAGGAUGGGAUGACCAAAUCCUACAGGAACUUUCGCAUAGCUGGAUCACUAUACGAGAAGAACUUCAUUUAUUGGAAUCAAUCCGUAUUCCGAGACUAAUGUGGACAAAUAAAGUGAACUACGAGUUCCAUGCAUUUUGUGAUGCUUCCUUGGAUGCAUAUGCAGCUGUAAUCUACUGCAGAAGUGAAAAUCUAGAUGGGACUGUCUCAAUUUCAUUAAUCGCUGCUAAAACGAAAGUUGCUCCAAUAAAAGUGCUUUCACUUCCUAGACUUGAGCUUUGUGGAGCUCUUUUAUUAACCCGCUUAGUUCAAAAAAUCAAGAUUUCGUUACAGAUCAAACAUAUGCAAUUAUUUGCUUGGACAGACUCGUCCAUUGUCCUACAUUGGGUAGCCGCACCGCCCAAAAAAUGGUCAGUUUUUGUUGGAAAUAGAACAUCAGAGAUAGUUUCAUCUAUUCCGGUGAAAUCCUGGAAUCAUGUUAGAUCCGCCGACAAUCCUGAUGAUGUUCCAUCAAGAGGAAUUCCGCCAUCUCAACUCGAGUCGACUGAUAUCUGGUGGAAUGGUCCAGUUUGGCUUAAAAUGAACCGCAGUGAAUGGCCUAAAACUCAACAUGAUUUGCAGAACGUAUCAAGUGAUCAGCUGGAGGAAAGGAAUUCUAAUAAAGUCCAGGUAUUCGUAUCCCAAAUAAAUGAAAACAACAUUCUGAGACAAAUAAUUAAUAAAUCGUCAGAUUGGAUAAAAUCGGUACGUGUGGUUGCAUACAUUUUUCGUUAUCUUAAAAAUCGUCGCCUUGCUCUGGAGCUACGUGAUCUACAUGCUCUUUCAACUUUAGAACUAAACAUCGCUAAAACUUGCCUGAUAAAAGCCUCUCAAUAUAUUUUAUUCGCCGCUGAAAUCGAAAGUCUCAACAAAAAUAAAUACUUGCCUUCGCGAUCUAAACUCUCAUCAAUUGCCCCUUUCCUUGAUAGUGAAAAUGUUCUUCGCGCAGCCGAAAUAUUGUCAGAAAGGUAG